GGUGGUCAUCCUGCCCUUGCCUUGGCCUGUAAUCUGCAUAGGACAGUGGCCUGGUCACAGGGGCCCAUCGUGGGGAGGUUGGGAACUUGAGAACACUCUGGCCUCCUCCAUCAUGUCGGCCAAGAGGGCAGAACUGAAGAAAACGAACCUGGUAAAGGGGAGACGUAGCUGGACGCUGAGUAGAGAUAACAAGAACUACAAGGCAGUUUGCCUGGAAUUGAAGCCAGAACCCAUCAAAACAUAUGACUAUAAAAGAGUUAAACCAGAAGGGCCAUUUACCAAACCAGGAGGGACAAGGGGGCUAAAGAAUGAACUCAGGGAGGUGAGGGAAGAGCUCAAGGAAAAGAUGGAGGAGAUAAAACAGAUAAAAGACGUAAUGGACAAGGAUUUUGACAAACUCCAGGAAUUUGUGGAGAUUAUGAAGGAAAUGCAGAAGGAUAUGGAUGAGAAGAUGGAUGUUUUAAUAAAUAUACACAAGAACAGCAAGCUUCCCCUUAGAAGAGGAACAAAGGAGCAUCAGGAACUCAGGCUGACAGGCAAGACUGGCACCGACCCACAGCUCCGGUUCAAGGAAAUGGAGGGAGCUGAUGGAGCAUCGCUUAGUCUUCACAAGAAAAUUUUGGCACCGCAGAAACCAAAAAAAGACCCGCUGGAUUCCCUUCAUCAGUGUGGGACCCGCUAUGAGAAAUGUUUGUUGUGUGCCCUAAAGAACAACUACAAUCAGGGGUAGGUAGACCCACAGGAGAAGUGCCGGGUCUCAGGCGGGUGCCCCGUCAGCCCUAAGGCUGCAUCCCCAUCACAUCUGACCUGUGGCUGUGCAGACCACACCCACUCGGUCCCAGAGCACGUGGCACCAGGAAGGAGGACGUGGGUAGCUCAGC